AUGAAAUCCUGGGAAUCAUAUUCAAUCCAUCCACCCAAACAAUAGACAUCAUUUUAUUCGAUAAUUUUUAGUAAACCAUUCGUUUUAUAAUUUAGAAAUCCUAAAACUCUGCAUCAGGCAAUAUUCAAAUUGGUCAAAUUCUCAAAGAAGAAGCUGCUCCCCUCUGGCAAAGGCCAGUUAUUGAAAUUAAAAACUGACAUAGCUGAAUUCAACUAAAACGAUUAUGUGGAAAUAGCUAAAAAUGAUAAUGUGAAAAUCUACAUCCACACAACUAAAUUGAAUGUGGCUGAUUAUGCAUUAAUACAAGGCAGCAUGUUUUCAGCGCAGUAUGUUGAUGAUUAAAAUGAUUUGGAUGGGGACAAACUGCUAUCUAACAAUGCACUUGAAUUUUAUAAGAAGAAUUUCAAAAAUUUGAAUAAUCAGUAUGAUGAAACCAAGGAGUUCAUUAUUGUGAGUAAAUAACAAACACAAGUCUUUAUGGUCAAUAAUUUAUCAUCUCCAAACAAGGGAAGUGUGUAAAAAUAAAAUUCAUUUAAAUUCGAUGAUAUUAGUGAUGAGAGUGGAGGACACGGUUCAGGUGUGCAAGUAGCCAAAAGCAUUAAGGUCCAUAUGAGGAGAUAAGUCAAUAGUGCCAGUGACACUAGUCCAAAAGUCUAAUUUGUAAGUGAUUUUUAAGGGAGUGGGUUUGACUCUGCAGUUAACUAUGCUAAUGAGUUGAAUGAGUAAAAACAAAGAGAAGAAGACAAGAAUGAAAAUAGCGAUGUCAAUGAGAAUGGUCAUAGCAAUAAUAAUUUGUCUAAUAAUAAAUAAGAAGCAUCUGAAAACUAAUUGAGCAACAAGAAAUAGGUGGAAGAGGAAAAGUAGAUCCUAAUUUAAAAUGAACAAUAACUACUCUAGCAUAAACCCAGUAAAACUGAAUAGAAUCAAGAAGAGGACUCGGAUGAAAUAGACCUUGUCAAGGUUUCAAUUGUUUUUGAUGAAGGUGAGCAUUGUAAUCAUAGGGAUUUUAACACUAUAAUGAAUUAUGCUUUAAAUUUCAAGAAAGUUGACUAUAAGGAUGAAUACAGAGUUCCUUAGGCUCACAAAAAAGGAGGAACGGCUUGUUAGGAUGAAAAAAUAAUUGAUUUGGCUAGAAGUGUGGGAAAGAACAUGAUCAAGCAAGUUGGGCAGAAAUUGCUUAGUGGAAAUUUCAAUUUAACAACAGUGUCCUUCCCUAUUAAAGCUAUGAUCCCUAAAUCAGCCUUAGAAAAAACGUUUAUGUAAACAAUUCUCUUUCCUUUGUAUAUGAAUAAGGCUGCUUCUCUAUAAAAGCCAUUAGAACGAAUGAAACUCAGCAUUGUUGCUCUCAUAUCUAAUUACAUUUAGGCAAAUUCAUUUCUUAAACCUCUCAAUCCAAUUUUAGGUGAAACCUUUGAGGGCGGCUAUGAAGAUGGCACCUAACUUUACUGUGAAUAAAUAUCUCAUCACCCACCUCUAUCUUAUUUUUUAGUGUAUGGUCCCAAGAAGUCCUAUAAAUUUUACGGCUAUUCUCUCUAUGAAGCAAAAGCCGGGUUGAAUUCAUUGACUAUCUUGAAUCAUGGGAAGAGAACAAUCCAAUUUCCAGAUUAGAAGAUAGCUUGCACUUUUUCAUCUGAACACUACUCGGGUACAUUCUUUGGAACAAUGAAGAAUGAAUCUUAAGGAGCUCUUUCUUUUGUAGAUGAAGCUAAUAAUUUAAAUUGUAUUGUGUAAUUGGGAAAGGUGAAGAACAAACCAACAGAUUACUUCGAAGGGGAAAUCAAGUAGGGGAAGACAGUGCUUAGCAAAUUGUUUGGAAGUUACAUGGGAUUUGCUGACUUCGAUGGGAUUAGGUAUUGGGAUGCGAGGGUGAUCAAACCUUUUGCAAUGCAGAUAUUGAAAUCGAACUUGGAAUCGGAUCAUACUAAGAGAACGGAUAGGAUCUGUAUGAUUGCUGGUGACAUAAAUAAGGCACAGGUGGAGAAGGAAAGGUUGGAAUAAUUACAGAGAAAUGAUGCAGCAUAAAGAAAAGAAUUCUUAAAAUAAAAAAAGAAAAAAGAUUAAAAAUGA